GGCAUUAAUGACAUCAUCACCCUCCUCCGAAGUCCACAAUGGGCGGAGAAGAAGGACGGCCUCGUGAAUCUGCAGAACUUCCUACGCUCCGGAGAACAGCUCAGUCAACCAGAAGUCAAUAGACUCUCGGAGGUCCUCUCGAGCAUUUUUGGUGACUCUUCCAGCAAGGUGCUGUCGUUGUUCAUGGACACACUGCAGCAGUUUAUGAUAACCUACCAUGCCCUGUUGCAUGAUUGGAUCUACGUUGCUUUGGUGCGUCUAUUAAGCCGUCAGGGUCACGAAGUACUCUCCAGUCACCAAAAGGCCAUCAAAGAGACUCUCACAGUGCUCCGGUCAACUUUUCCUCUGGAUCUACAAUUCUUUCAUUGCUGCCGAUUCAUCAUUGACGAUGCUCUCACACCAGCCCCGAAAGUAAAGGUGUGUAUGCUGGAGUACAUUAAGGACCUUCUGGUUAUGAUGCCCGAGGAUGCUCUUAGUAAUCCGCCCGUAGAGGUGGUCAAGGCCAUCACCCGGAUUAUCACCUGGUCCACCGAACCGAAGUCAGCUGACGUUCGACGGCUGGCAAGUCGAGUGAUAAUCAAAAUGUCUGACCUGAACCCGGAUAACUUCAACCGCCUCAUUCAACAGAUUCCCCGUACUCAGCAAGAGCAAGCCUCGAAACUGCUGAAGACCUACCAGAAAACAAGCACGGCAGGAGGCUCUGCACUGGCUUCUGACAGUGCCUCUUAUACAGGGGCGUCAGGUCCGAAUUCCACAACUGGAACCAAUUGGUUUUCAAAGUACGCCUUUUUUUACCUUUUCCCUGGCAAUUGGCGGCUCAUUUAUUUCCGCCUGAUUGGUGUUUGUGCAUGUUACUGUUAG